AUGGCCUCACCCUCGCCCUUCCCCCCUACGGCACGCGCAGACGACCCUAUCUGGAAGGGUCGCCUCGAGAUUUCCGGGACAUCCCAUAUUCCAGGGAUUUGCGACACGACCAACGGCGGCGAGUGCAUAUUCCCUGUGAGGCACGGGAAGCACCGGGGUCAGAUUUUCGACUCAGGGACGACCGUUGCUGGGAGAUACCACCACACUUAUACCGGCGAGAAGGAACAUGCAAUGUUCGUGGUUAAGAAGGAGCCAUGCUCUCACGGAUGCCCUAAAAAGGGUAACAUCUGCUAUAGGGGACAGUGCUACGACUACGCGCCUAAGGAUGUCAAGUACGGCGGUGGUGUGCUCGAAGAAUUCCAUCUGGACGAAAUCAUUGACAAGGGUCUGGAUGAAUGCGUGGCGUAUCCGUUCCCCGAGACGCAUCUGAUCCCCCAGGCGCAAUCGUUGCGCCUACAUCCUCACUAUGAUGAGGCAUGGUCAGGCUCCCCGCUAGACGAGGAACUCGCGAAAUUUGGCUUUUCCUAG